AUGCAGUACAGCGUCCUGGGGCCUACCCUCUUCGGCCUCAUGUUCUCCACCAUGUUAAUGAACGCCUACCAGGACGAACGCCCCGCAAUCCGCUUCGCCUACGGGGCAGACGGCCAACCCCCCAAUCACUUCCAGUCCCAUGUAUCCACAACUACCAACCAUGAACUUCUCUUCGUCGACGACUGCACCCCCAACUCCACCUCCGAAGGGGAAAUGCAAAGGAGCGUGGACCCCUUCGCCGCCGUCUGCGAAAAAUUUGGCCUAAUCAUCAACACGGAGAAGACGUCGGUUAUGCGCCAGUCGCCGCCCGACGCUGUCCAUAACAUACCCCAAUUCAGCGUGAAGGGCGCCCAACCGCAAGCCGUGGACAACAUCGCAUAG